ACGCUGACUGGGUCAGCUGAUAAAAGUCGGCUGUUUGUCGACAACAAGCUCGAAGUGCUCAGUCAUUGUGGUUCUGCUGGUCCCGGUUCUGGCACAAUGAGGAGCCUGGUCGUGUUGGUGUUGGCGGCGUUAGCCUUGACGAACGACGCCCUGGUUCGAAUUCCCUUGAAGAAAUUCCGUUCAAUCCGACGCGAACUGACCGACUCGGGAAGAAGAGCCGAUGAGCUGCUGGCCGACAGACACUCCCUGAAGUACAACCUGGGCUUCCCGUCCAGUAAUGAACCCACUCCAGAAACGCUGAAGAACUACAUGGAUGCUCAGUAUUACGGGGAGAUCAGUCUGGGCACGCCUCCCCAGUCCUUCAUGGUGGUGUUUGACACCGGCUCGUCCAACCUGUGGGUCCCCUCCGUUCACUGCUCCCUGCUGGACAUCGCCUGCCUGCUUCACCACAAAUAUAACUCCGCUAAAUCCAGCACAUAUGUGAAGAACGGCACCGCCUUCGCCAUCCAGUAUGGAUCUGGCAGUUUGUCCGGAUACCUCAGCCAGGAUACGUGCACCAUCGGUGACAUCGCCGUGGAGAAGCAGCUGUUCGGCGAAGCCAUCAAGCAGCCCGGCAUCGCCUUCAUCGCAGCUAAGUUCGACGGGAUCCUGGGCAUGGCGUAUCCCCGGAUCUCUGUGGACGGCGUGGCUCCUGUGUUCGAUAACAUCAUGAACCAGAAGAAGGUGGAGCAGAACAUCUUCUCCUUCUACCUGAACAGGAACCCGGACACGGAGCCGGGAGGCGAGCUGCUGCUGGGAGGAAUCGACCCGAAAUAUUACAGUGGAGAUUUUCACUACGUCAACAUCAGCCGGCAGGCCUACUGGCAGGUCCACAUGGACGGGAUGACGAUCGGCAGCCAGCUGAGUUUGUGUAAAGGCGGCUGUGAGGCCAUCGUGGACACCGGGACGUCUCUGAUCACCGGCCCGGCCGCCGAGGUCAAAGCUCUGCAGAAAGCCAUCGGCGCGUUGCCGCUCAUCCAGGGAGAGUACAUGGUGCCCUGUGAAAAGGUCCCAACGCUGCCCAUCAUCACCUUCAACAUCGGCGGACAGACCUACAGUCUGACUGGAGACCAGUACAUCCUCAAGGAGAGUCAGGCUGGGAAGACAAUCUGUCUGAGCGGCUUCAUGGCGUUGGACAUCCCUCCCCCCGCCGGGCCGCUGUGGAUCCUGGGAGACGUUUUCAUCGGUCAGUACUACACCGUGUUCGACCGCCAGAACAACCGGGUCGGCUUCGCCAAGUCCAAGUAAAAAGACGCAUCCUGGACUGCAAGCUGAACACAACGCUCCGGAUCUGAGCUGCUUGUUUCCUGUUUCUGUGAUCAAAAUGUACCUAACCAUAGACUUUAGAGCAAACAUGCACUGCUGAGGAGUCUGGACCGGUUCUGAUGGAGCGUGAAGCAGAACCUGGAUGCAAUGAGUUGUGCUACGGCAUCGAUUCUGCUUUUUGAGACAUCCAAGUAAUUUUCUUUUCCGUCUUAAUCAGGGAUUUGUUUUAAAUGGAAGGUGGUUUUACUACUGAUGUUUUUAUCAAGGUGAUUGGGCUCAAUAAAUUUUUUUUUUAAAAGAA